AUGGUAUGCACGAGACCCGACAUUGCCCAUGCAGUGAGAGCUGUGAGCAGAUUUAUAAGAGGCAAGUUAGUCCUGCAGGGUUUUGUUGAUGCAGACUAUGCUGGUGAGAUAGACCAGAGAAGGAGCACUACAGGAUAUGUAUUCACUUUGGGCUCUACAGCUAUUAGUUGGGUUUCUCAGUUGCAGAAAAUCGUUGCUUUAUCAACGACAGAGGCUGAAUAUGUUGCGGUGACAGAGUUGGCCUCAACACUUGAUGAUACGGAGGCCGUCGCCGCAGAGAGAGCUGAAAGAGGGGGGUUGUGUAUCCCCAACACAACUUUCAUAGCCAUUUCGGCCCAUGCUUGGAUCUCCAUUGCCCGAACUAGAUCCUUUGACCCGAACACGGAGCUAACCUUCGUAUUCCUCAUGGACUGCCGAGCUCGACUCAACCCGCCUGUUUCAGACGACUAUCUUGGCAACUGUGUCCUUGCAGUAAUGGCCAAGUGCAUGGCCGGCGAACUGACAGGAGAACAAGGGCUAGUGAAGGCUUGCACAUCAAUUCGUAAGUCGAUUGACCAAGUUUCAAAAGAUCCGUUGAGUGGCUAUGAGGACCAGAUUGCUGAUUUUAAAUCAUUGCCGAUCGAGAGCCAUGUCAAUGCAACUGCGUCGCCAAGGUUUAGGGUUUAUGAGGCUGAUUUUGGGUGGGGUGCACCGGACAGGUUCGAGUCGGUGUCGAUGAAUCUCAAUGGGGAGUUUGCUUUGGUUGGCGGGAGAGAAGAGGGGACGGUUCAAGUGUCAGUUCAACUUGAUGAGGGUCGUAUGGAGAAAUUUGCCCACUUGUUUUUGGGUGGAUUUAGCAGGUAA